AAGGUCAAUGGUGGAAAGUAACACCCAGAUAUGUACAUAUGGUUCUACACACAACUCCAGCCAGGUAUAAAAUGAGCAGUAGGGAAGGUGAUCAUUGCAUGCAUAUUAAGGCACAGUUAACAGGGUACUACAAACUAUCAACCAAUCAGUGUUUUUCAGAGUCAAAAUGCCAAAAUACAAGGUGACUGUGCACACACACAACAUCGCAACUGGCACCACGUUGAACAAUGUCUUCAUCAAGCUGGUUGGCGAGAAUGGAGAGAGUAAGCGCACGUGGCUCACUAGCUUGAAGGGAGGCUUCUAUCAAGGCACGGCAUCUCGUGAAUUCGACGUGGUGUGCCCCUCCUCCCUCGGCACGCUGGUGCUGAUAGAGCUGGACAAACAGCCCCUCCCACUCUUCCCCCAGGACGCCUGGUUCCCGUCCAAGGUUGUCGUGACGACACCAGAGGGAGACACAUGCAAGUUCCCCAUCUACCGUUGGAUUAUGGACAAGGAAGUGCACCUGUUCAGAGAGGGCACAGCUAAAAGGCUCUGUGAUGAAACUAAUCAUCUUGCCAGGUACAGCAGGGAAAAGGAGAUGAAGACAAGAACUGAGCUGUACUGCUGGGAUACCUACAAGGAGGGUUUCCCCGGCAGCAUGAAGGCAGACAACCCUCUGGAUCUUCCCAGCGAGAUCCAAUUCUCGUUCACCAAGGCCACCCAGUUCCUCUUCACCGCCGCCACCGGGAUCACUGAGCUGAAGCUGAAGGGGUAUUCUGACAGCAAGAAGAGCUGGAAAAACAUUGAUGAAAUCAGCAAAGUCUUCUGCUGCAAUAGAACUGUCAUCUCAGACUACGCACAGGAGCAUUGGAAGGAAGACGAGUUUUUCGGGUACCAGUAUCUGAACGGCUGCAACCCCAUGUUGAUCCGUCGCUGCUCGGAGUUGCCGGCAAAUUUCCCCAUCACAGAAGACUUGGUCAAGCCCUCUCUUCGUGUAUCGUCCAGCCUCCUAAGGGAAUUGCAGAGCGGCAACAUAUUCCUGCUUGACUACAAGAACCUGGAUGGAUUAAAGGCAAACGUGAUCCAUACGAAAAAACAGUACAUGGCGGCUCCUCUGGUUCUGCUCUACAGAACCCCUGAUGACAAGCUGGUUCCCAUCGCCAUCCAGCUGAAGCAGGAGCCUGGAGAAGACAACCCCAUCUUCCUUCCUACUGACUCUGAGUAUGACUGGCUCCUGGCCAAGAUCUUUGUGAGGAGCGCUGACUUUCAAGAGCACCAGCUCAACGUCCACCUGCUGCGCACUCACCUCCUGGCUGAGGUGUUCGCUGUAGCAUUGUUGCGCAACAUGCCCAUGGUGCACCCCCUCUACAAGCUUCUGAUUCCACACACCCGCUACACCCUCCAGAUCAACCUCUUGGCCCGGGCAUUUCUAAUAGCUGAUGAAGGAGUUUUCACUCAGUUUGCUGCUUCGGGCGGAGAGGCGAUGAAUGAGAUCCUGAGGAGAUCUGUGGCCUCAUUGACCUACAGCUCCCUCUGUAUGCCGGAAGACAUCACUGCACGAGGUCUGGAGUCAGUCCCCAACAACUACUACAGGGAUGAUGGACUCAAGCUGUGGGACAUCAUCCACAGGUUUGUAGAGGAAGUGAUUAGUUUCUAUUACAAGAGUGACUCAGAGGUCCGGGAAGAUCAGGAACUACAGAACUGGAUCAAGGAUGUCUUUGACCAUGGCUUCCUGGCCCAAGAAUGCACAGGAAUCCCUCAGUCUUUCUCCACUGUGCCAGAGGUCGUCAAGUUCGUCACCGUGGUGAUCUUCACCUGCUCAGGCCAACAUUCUGCUGUCAACUCUGGACAGUAUGACUAUGGUGGCUGGAUGCCCAACACCCCCAUCUCCCUGCAACGGCCACCUCCCACCACUAAGGGGCAGUCUACUGAGAGCACCAUGCUGGAGACCUUGCCAGAUGUCGGCACAACUGCACAGGGCAUGUCCACUAUGUGGCUCCUUAGCAAGCAAUCCACUGACUUUGUGAGUCUGCCAUCUUUCAUUAAUAUUAUAACUAUCAAUAUUUUACUAACUUCGAUUAUUCUCCAUAUGCAGUUGGCUCUUGGCCAGUACCCAGAGGAGCACUUCAACGAGAUACCACCCUGCACGAUGAUUCAGAAAUUCCAGACGGAGCUGAAGGUCUUCAGCGAGACCGUCAAUGCCAGGAACUCUGGACUACCAGUUCCAUACACCUACAUGGACCCUGCUUUGGUGGAGAACAGCGUGGCCAUUUAGAUAAGCCAAAGUCCUUGACCAGGGUCCAGUUCAUUAGGCACUAAUUGGAAGAAAACUGAGGAACUACCUUAUUUUUGUUGUCCUUUGUUUAGCGCUUAAAAACAUUUCGCAUUGUGUGCCCUGAUGAACACGACCCAAUGAUUCUGGAGGCAUGCAAUUGUAAACAUUCUAAAAUCUACAAAAUGUAUUGAGUAUGUCAAUUUUUGGAGCUCUGCUAAACUAAUGUCCCACUUCAAUCAGAUAAAGGGAAAUUGCACUAUGGGUUCAGUCAGAAUGUUAUCGCUGUAUCAAGAGUGUUAACUGUGUUAAACCAACACACACCGCCACAUGGUGUCCCUCACAGACAAAGGACUUGUUAAUGUUAUUAUUACAUUUGUUCGUGUUAAUGGAUGUUAAGAAAUACAGGGUCUUUCUGACGGAUUCAUUUCUGGUGCCAUUUAACUACGGACUACAGGGACUCCUGGUGAAAAUGAGCUCUCCUGCUAAAUUAUGUGACACUGAAAUGUUGAUUAAUAGUAAAGAAGUGUCAGAAUAAUAUGAGAGAACAAUAGGUGUGACUCUCAUUUACAAUUAAAAGCUAAUCAUUUUCUAUC